UGUGGCACUGCCAUGAUGGCGGCUGUACGUCAGUUUAUCUCAGCAGUAAACAAAUUCAGCACUUGCACAAAAGGUAGAAGCAUUUAUUUUAAAAGCAGACCGUCGUUCAAAGUGAAAGGCGCCCUGAUACAGGCGGCGACUGGACUAAGCGUCGUGGUAGGAGGAAUCGCUGUAUAUCAACAUUGCACGACCCGGGACCGUCUGAAAGGGGGCAACAAAAUAAGAGACCAACAUGCGCUGAUUAACCAGCUCCCAGCUGUGGCAGCAAAAGAGAAGAUCAUGAUACCUGCUGCUGAUGAAGGUAUGGCAAUGUCAGCCCAUGAACAGAGAUUCCGGUGGUUUAGUUCAGUGGAAUAUGAAGGACAGCUGUACAUGACACCACUGGACUUCAUUGAGUCAGUCACAACAAGCGAGCCAAAGAAAAAGAAAUUUUGGAGAUCCCUGAUCAAAGAGGAUUUAGAUAAAUUUCUCUCAGACACCCCUCCUGUUUGGAAGGGAUCAUCAAGACUUUUCAGAAACUUGCAUGAUAGAGGCAUCAUCUCAUAUACAGAGUAUCUUUUUCUUCUUUGCAUUUUGACAAAACCUCAUGCAGGGUUUAGAAUAGCUUUCAACAUGUUUGAUGCAGACGGCAAUGAAAAAGUGGACAAAAGGGAGUUUAUGGUGUUGGAGGAAAUAUUUCGUAAAAAGAAUGAGAAAAAAGAAAGGAGGGGCGAUUCUGAAAGUUCAUCUCAACUGAAUCUGGAACUGUAUGGAUACCGCAGUUUGGACAGUGCUGUCCUUAAAAAACAACACCCUCAAUUUGAACCCAGAAGCUUCUGGGAUAUACUGAAGCAUGGUGCAAGAAUAAUUCUCUUUUCAGAACUGGUGGAGCACGUGCAAGAGAAUAUUACUGACACAACGCUAUUGGUGCACUUCUUUGGAAAGAAAGGAAAAACUGAACUGAACUUUGAAGACUUUUACAGGUUCAUGGACAACCUGCAGACGGAGAUGCUGGAGAUCGAGUUCCUUGCUUACUCGAAAGGCAUGGUCACCAUCAGUGCAGAGGACUUUGCCCGCAUCCUUCUGCGCUUCACCACCGUAGACCACAUCAGCAGUUACCUGGAGAACGUGCGGCGGAGCAUGCCGGAUGAGAAGGGGAUCACUUUUGAAGAGUUCAGGACCUUCUUUCAAUUCCUCAACAACUUGGAGGACUUUACCAUCGCCUUGCAAAUGUACAACUUUGCGAGUCGAUCAAUUGGCCAAGAUGAGUUUGCGCGUGCGGUUUACGUGGCCACGGGACUGAAGCUCUCCCGGCACCUUGUAGACAUUGUCUUCAGGAUCUUCGAUGUAGACCUUGAUGACCAGCUCAGCUACAAGGAGUUCACUGGCAUCAUGAGAGGCCGCCUGCAUCGCGGCUCCUGGGGAUAUCGAGGUGAAGAGAAAUUCAUCUCAUUUAAGGCCUGUCUGAAGAAAGAGCUCUCUGGAAAAUAACUCACAAUACUCUAGAUUAUAGGACUCUGUAAAGCCUUAUUCUUGUUGUGACUUACAUAGCCUACAUUUUUAUCCAGUCUCAGUGAAUUUUCCUCCCUUUUUAACAAAAUCACAAGCCUUGGUCAUAAGACUAUGCUUCAGGGAAUUUUCUAAAUGUACCAGAGCAGCAAAGCAAUUGGAACUUGGACACUUUGCCUUAGUAUCAUAUUACUCUCCAAUAUUAAUGCACUGGAGAGUCAACAGACACUAGAUACCAGCGUAGCUCUGGGAUCAACAACACAUGGGAUCAUAGCACAGUCUGAACAUAUAACAGUUAGACAUAUAUAGCAGAAUAGCAGUUAUAAGAAGGCUAUAUACUGUAGGCCUGUUAUACACGAUAACAAAGUUGCAUAGGUUAAUCUUUAGGUAUUGCAUAACAAUUUAUAAUAUUUAUUCAUUUUAAAUGUAACAUAAUACUAGGUGCUACAGUAUCACAGUGUUUAUUUUGUUAUCAGUAAAGAAAUAUCCUACAGCCUCACUGCUUUAUCAACUAUAAGCCAGACUGCACCUCUCACUGAUGUUACUGAUGUAAGCCACCGAAUCAGACGGAUCUGCUUCCAGGUGUUAUGCUUUUAUAAACACCUUCCCAGUGACAUGUUCGCAAAGCCCUUUAAAAAAAAAAAAAACACUAAGUGCAAAGUUAAAAUAGGAAUACUGUGAUACAAAGCAGAAACAGGUACUUCAGAACACAGACUGCAUGCAUACAUUUUGACAUAUUUUAUAAAUGGAAAUAUUUUAUAGGCAACAGCAGUGUCAGAUCUUCUUGGUUCUGUUCUGGUAGUCAGGUGUUAUACAGUACUGCCAUAUUUUCUAUAUAGUCUUAUUACUCAUAAAAACUCUCUUUAAACUAUUUUGUGGCGUAUACCCUAGAGAUACACACCAUAGAGUUGAAAAUGUAUGUUUUAUGGUAGAUAAAAAUUUAGAAUUCAAACCACGCGAUUAUGGAUGUUGUGUUUAUUUAUAUUGAAUAACACUUCUCAUUGAUAUUUUAAUCUUAUUCUUUAUUAAUUUAUAGUUAUUCUUAACUCUAUUUGCAUAUAGUGACCACAUUGCUAAUAUUCCUUCACUAAGCCUUUCCAGUACACAGAUCAGUCCACACAAGGCCUAAUAACGCAGGCUCUAUGAUGGUCUGUGAAAUAGGGAUCACUGUACUGUGAAUAGUGUCUGCAUAGUGUCUGUGUGCAUAGCAAAAUAGUGCCUUGAUGUUUCUCUCUAGUUACACAGACACUUUCAUACUCAUUAAAAGUCUUAUUUAAAUAAAACAAUUGUUUGAAUUCACAAUAAGAAACGUUUCUAAUGGAAUCUAAUCACUGUGUAAUAGCUACAGACCAAUAUGUAACUUUAAUUCUAUUUAUCUGUAAGUUAUUGAAUUACCAGUGCAAAGCAUCCAAUACUCUUAUUAAAACAGCUACUUUUAUCUUUGAAUUGUUUUAGGUAGUCUUUGACUCUAUCAUAGUAUGAACAAUCUAGUAAUUAAGUUGUGCAGCGUAUUAUAAGAAAUAAACCUAAUUUAAGGGGAAUUUGCUUUUGCGAAUUUUUAAGGCUGUAUUGCAAAUAAAGUACUACAGAGACAAACCCA